GGGGCCCUGUCGGCCAGCCUUGGUCCUGACCCGGCGCCACCGGCUCCAGCCUCGGCUCCAGCGCGGCCGCGGACGGCGGCAUGUUCCGGGGUGCGAGCAGGGCGCUCAGCGAGGCGCUGGUGCUGGAGGCGAGGAGCGCGCUGGGCGAGGACGACCACGGCAGGGCCUCCGCGCUCUGCAGGGAGGCGGUGCAGAGGGCGCACGACGGUACGGCUUAAAAGUUCCUGGCUGACUAUGGAGGACAUUGCUGAGACGCCCGCCCCCUGCAGCGCGGUGCCCGGUGCUCGAGCUGAGGGCGGAGCUCGAGCUGGGCGAGUGUCUGCUCGCCGCCGGCCAGGUGGAGGAGGCCAUGGCCACCUUCAGGACCUUCCUGGCCCUAGCGAAGGUCUCCGACAGCGCCAAGGACAUCGUCACCGCCCACCUCAAGCUGGCCCUGUGUUACCACAGACGGUCGGACAUGGACGGGACGCACGGCGCCCUGCGGGACGCUCGCCGCGCCGCUGAGGAGCUCAAGCAGCCAGAUCUCCUGGCCAAGGCGCACUUUCACCUCGGAGAACACUUUCUGAACACGUCGCGGCCCCAGUACGCGACGACUCAUCUCCACCAGGCCUGCGAGCUGCUUAGUCUCUCGAACAAGGCGGAGGCGGACAGCGCGCGCGCCCUGGCUGGGGUGGCCGGUGGUGAGGCGCCAAACUUUGCCUCGUUAGUACCUACCUUCUCGUCUCCCUGCACACUUGGCGCGCAGGCCUCGAGCUGUGGCCGUCGAUGCUCGCGGCGUUGGGGGAGAGCGGCCCCGAGCAGCCAGACGCACUCCGCCGCCGCCGCCUCCUGGACCUAGUGGCGUGGAAGGACCGGCGCGCGCCCCUCCGACCCAAGGACCCGAAGGACCUCGCCGUGUCGAGGGCCGUGCUUCAGCUGCACCUGCAGGCACCAGGGACAGACGGCGCGGUACGGGAGCGGGCGGCGCAACAGUGUAGUCCGAACGAAACCAGACUCACUGCUUCUCACAAGCUGUCAUGGAUGUUGUUUUAAUGUUUGUGGUCCAGGAUGAAGAGGUAGAGUGUCAGGAGGAGGAAGAAACGGCGCAAGUAUCAAUUGAGGGGGGCCUCAGCGAAAACCGUGACACCGAGCGGAUCGCAAAUGACCAGGAAGGAUAAAAUGAAAGGAGUUAUAAUAUGUCA